CGUGCAGUUGAUGAAGAGCUUGUAUACGUUGUAUAAUAAUCGUAACACGAAAUAUGGUUUUAAUAACGGAAGUGGAAGAUCGGAAGAUCGUGAAACCUUAUUUGGGUGGAUGGCGGAAUAAAAUCACGGGUAUAGAAUAUUUAAACGCAAUAUCGCAAACCGGACCACCACCUAAAUAUACAUCCUGGAAUAAUUACUGUAGUAUUGGGAUUCAAACGGUGGAAACUAAAGAUGGAACAACACAAUCGGCACAUAAUAAAACCACACAAAUGUGGCGGUGCGACAAUAUACGUAAAUUAAAAGAGAAAUGUAAGCGUAGGACGGAUUAUAACGUAUCGAAUGCGAAUGACAAGUACAUGACACCUAAGUGUUACGAACCAUACGAUGAUAUACAAUGGCGUCUCGAUCUUAAUCAUCGAGCGAGGAUCAUUCAAAGGAAUUAUCGAGUAUAUAGACUUUUGAAAUAUAUGAAAGAAUGUGCUCGAAAAUAUAGAGAAAUAUUGAAAGAAUGUAAACGGUAUCAGGAUGAGAGAAUCAUUAUGUACAGGAAAAGACACGAGCAGGAACUUCUACGAAAGAUUAAUCCACGUUCCAGAGCAGAUUUUGAUAUGUUGAUCGAACUAAUCGAACGAUGGAGAUGUGAUCGUAUAAAGGAGAUAAAUGCACGCUACUUCAAAGCUACUCAGUGCGCUGAAAAUUGUUUCGUUCUUAAAAAAACCGUGGAAAUGUUUAACGUCAUCGAUAAAUUUAAACAAAAGAUCAGAGAACAAUACAGAACGAGGAAACGUGUUAAAUUUUUAAAGAUCAAUUCUAAGCCUAUAAAGUGGCACGGAUAUAAGGCUAAACUGAUAGAAAUGGUCACAUUGAAGACUCAAAAGGCACAGGAAUAUUUGAGCAUAUUUAAUUCGUUAAGCAACGAUAAUUUGAACGUAGAAGAACGAACGGAAUUGUUAUUGAUGUUGAAAAAAUCACUCGGAUUUCAUAUCUGUGUCUAUGCUUUCGACUUGAUUUACUUGUUGGAUCAAGAGAUAAUGUUAUUGUCGAGAGGCAUCAAGAAUCUAUCUCUCGAAUAUUUAAGAAAAAGAAUACUAUGUGAGAAUCUGUUAAGACAAUCGAAAAAAAUGUUAAUAACGAUUGUUAUAAUUAAUACAGGUGAUUAUUUGAAAUUCGUUGCCAAUUCUGGUACUUGCGCUUGCACGAAUAUUCGUAGGGGUUUCAAAAAGGAUCCCAAGUGCGAGGAAUUUCGUGAACCCUUGGAGAUAAAAACAUUAUUUUGUAGAAGCUGUAGAAAAGUACUUCCCUAUAACAGAUUUUCAGUUCACAGUAGAUUGAACAAAUUAUCGUCUUGCACUAGUAAAUGCAAUUUAAUUUACUUUUUCCUUUUCCUUUUUCUUUUUUGUUUUUAUCCUAAAUACACACAUUUAUUAUCUACGUAUAUUAAAAAUAUUCAAACGAGAUCUAAUCGUAUUGAAGGUUGCACGUUGUUGAGUGAUAGAAGUUACUUUCACGUUAAUUACGAACCAUACGUUUUUAUUUUAAAUUACGUGCGAGCCGAAGAAAAACGGAAUAGAUGUUUUUCGGCAUUGGCGUUUAUGAUGCAACCAAAAGACAUUUAUUAUCUGGUUAACAACAUUUGGCAGAAUCAUUCGAUCAUAAGUAAAAACGAAGACAUUUACGUAUUAAGAUUGGUCAGAUAUAACAAGCACGUUGAAUGGUCACCAUGGAAUUGUAUUCUUUUAACCGAAGAAGAAGCAGAGAUUCAUUAUCGUAUCGAUGAUUUCACCAAAGUCUAUUCGAAACUAUUGCUACAUGAGAUCUUAUUGAAACACUUGGCAGCGAAGAAUUAUUUCAAACGGCUGAGCUACUAUGACAAAGGAUUUAGAGAAUCCUCUCGAUUUUACAUGAUACAGGAUAGAAAGGAUUACGAGCCAUUUGACAAAGGGAUUUAUCUCGAAGGAUACGAGUUUUAACGAUUUACAAAAUUAUCAGGAUUCUAUGUAUCUUCUUUUUUAAAUAUUAUUUAAAUAACAA